UACCUGUAUAUUAUAUAAGGGAACGAUACAUCUGACACAUCGCGUUGAUUAAAGACACGACCAUGUCCGGUUAAUUGCAGGGGUCAAACCAGCAGCCUCGCAUAAUCUCUGAGUUGGGAUACAUUUGGGGGCCGAAUGGGUGGCCUUAACCCAGGACAGGCGAAGAAUUAACAUAGCCCCCGGCGGAGCAUUUAAUGAAACGAUGAUCCCUUUUCCCACAUCAGCAGCUUUAAAUCCACGACAUCCCAUAGAAAUUGCAAAUCGCAUUGCGCUACUUAUGUUAUUGAAGUAUCUCUAUCAUGCCUAAAGGCUCUAUAGAGGAGGAGGUGUAUCAAAUGAUACCGAAGGACAGUACAAACGCGACCAAAGACGCUGCGCAUGAAACAUGCUCCGAGGUCAGCCAACUCCAUAACACACCAGGACGACAGCGAUCUUUUUCUAUCCUGCUCAAGGAGUGGAAAUGGGAAUUAUCCACAUGGGCAUUUGGCACACUCGCUUUCGCUGCGCUUGUGGUUCAGGUCGUGUGGUUUCGUGACCGGCCCACGUCUGAAUGGAGAAGCAGCGUGAGCAUUUCGGCCCUGAUAGCCGCUCUGUCGCAAGUCACGCAGUCGACACUGCUGGUAUCGACUUCAGCAUGUAUAGGGCAACUGAAAUGGAUCUGGCUUCGAAGUCGCCGUUCAAUGAUCGACAUGGAGCGAUUUGACAAUGCUAGUCGAGGGCCAAAUGGCAGCUUUUGGUUCUUGCUUACAAUCUCCUGGAGAUACCGACCAUUUCUUGCUUCUCUUGGUGCUUUUAUGACUAUCCUGUUAUUAGCCUUUGCAACAUUUGCUCAACAGGUAGUCACCAUAGACAUUAAAAAGGUUCAUGACCCAUUUGGAAGUGCUGAUAUUCCAUAUGCGAUGAACUUCACGUCGUACUCAACCGCGAUUCUUCAAAAUCCUGGUGAGAGUGGAUCCUCAGAUAGCCAGAUGUUUGAACGGUCCAACACAACUGCGGCACUACUGCAAGCUCUCUAUCUAGACAGCCAAAGCUUAUCUGAUGUCCCGGCCAUCUGUACUGGUAGCUUUUGUGAAUGGGCACCCUACAAAAAUUUCGGUCUGUGUGCACAAACUACUGACAUCUCAUCCUCAUUGAAAGCCGGAACUGUUUCUUCAAAUCUCACCGACCACGAGGGUCCAACCGCCCAUUUCGUGAUCUCCGGACACAAUAUUUCACUUCCGGAUUUCACUACGGAAAACGAGUUCUGGGCUGGAAGUAAUUUCGAUAUGGACUUCAAUACCGAUAGCACCUGGGAUUUGUCUAUAUACAAUGUGUUCUACUGCGACAGCGAUACGGAUGAUUGCCCUACACCUCCCUACGACAACUGGGGUGACAACUUCGCCGACCCGAGCAAAUGGAAGGUGUUCAAAUCAACGCUAUCGCCCUGCCUGCAAACCCUUUCGACGACCGUCAAUGGAACCACAAAUACAUCCGUGGUCGAGUCACGCACGGAUCUGACUUACACCAGUUUCGAGGACAACUACUUUCGAUGCUUUUCUAGUCCCGACGAUAAAAGUCCACAACAAACAAAUUGCCUUGGUCAAGUAGAAAUGUAUUAUUUCGUAUCAUUUCUUGUCGACCACUACAACAUCAACAAUUACACUACAACCCUUUCAGAGGUAGCUGGCUCUAGACAGUAUGUUGCCAUACUUGCAGCAGAUGUCCUCGGAUGCGACAAAGUUGAUCCAUCCUGUAAAUUCAAACAAGGAGCAGCUCGCGGUGUUAAGGGACUCCAGCGGCGCAUGGAGAAUUUUGGCAUCGCAUUCACCAACGUAAUGCGGCGCAACCGCGAAGCAAGAGUCGCCUACGGAAGCGUAUCAACAGACCAGCAGUACUUCAACGUCGAUCUUAAGUGGCUCAUCCUGCCACUGGUCACCUACGUUUCGAUCACCUUUCUGCUGUUCUCCACGAUAUACCAGAGUCGGAAAGGAGAGUACCCGCUGUGGAAGUGGUCUUCACUGGCUGCGCUGCAUGUUCGGGACGAGAAGAAUACGAUGAAUCGGAUAGAUGGCGUCGUUGAAGAGGCGAAAUCAACUACGGCACAGCUGGAAUACUCUGGCAAGAAUUGGGUUUUGAGAAAUAGGAGUCGGUAGUUUUCUAUGCGCAGACAUCGAGACAAAAUUUGCAGCGUUCACGUAAUACAAUCUUG